AUGUACUGGCCCACAGCAUGCGCCGAGAGGAUACACCUCUCACCCUCAGGACUCGAUCGCCCUGCCACCUUCCUUCGCUUCGACAAGGAUGCGGCUCAGCAGCUUCCAAGCCCACAAUCGGCCCAACCUGAAAGCGCUGCUCAGCAGACCAUCCAGGUCGCUCGCUCUCGCAACGCAAUGAUGUGGGCCACACUCAGCAACACCACCAUCUCAAUAUGGUCCUCACGUCCUGCUCAGGUGGUAGCCGCCCUCGUCCGUACGCCACAAAGCAUCGCUGACUAUGGAAACAACACUCGCAUCGAAUGGCGGCCCGACGGAAAAGCUCUGCUGGUGCAGACGGAUCUCAACUUCCUGCUUCUAUACAGCAUCCUUGACCGCCAUCCAGCUUCCUCCAUCUACAGCUAUAUCCCGCCUUCUGGCUCCGGCUCCCGCUCAUCCAUGGGGGAGCUACUUGCACCUAAUCCAAAUGCGCUGCGCAGUUCAUUUGCACCUGGAGCAGGCGAAAGUGCUGCUGCUCCUCACCUUGGUCUCGGCGGUCUGGCAGGCCAAGCAUGCCAGCUUCGCUUUCGUCUAGUGCUUCGUAUCGAUGCAGGUCUGCGAUUCGCAACCACCACCGAGACUCACAUGCUCGUCAGCACAACUUCACCUCCUGCUGUGCAGUGCAUUCGAUGGCCUGAUGACAAUCCUGAUGCUCCUCCACCCAACUACAACGACCCUCUGGUGCGAACGCGCACUAGCUUGGCUAGCCAGCUCAACUGGUUCACCGCAAAAACAAGCGGCGAUCCUGCCUCGGACGACAAACAGCACACGCAGGUUCACAUCAGCCACAUCACCUAUUCCAGGUCGAUGGAUGUCUUUGUCUGGAUCUCCUCCGAUGGGCGUGCCUAUGUUGCCAAUCUCGACCUGCUUGCUCAACGCUCGUCCCCCUGGACGGGUCGAUGCUUUCACGGUGCGCCCCCCAAAUCGCGCCAGCGUCCUUCUACAACUCUUGAGCCCGCAUCCGAGGCGCUUCAGGUGCCAAGACCAGUUCAGUCUCAUCCCCAACGCUCAACCGCAACAGCAAGCGCACAGGGAGAAGCUUCGUCGAAACAGUCUGCAGAACCUCAGCCAGGCGAUGGUGCACAUGCGCAAGCAAAUGGCGAUCCGCAUCUCCAUGAGAACGCCAAUGGUGGCCCACCUUCUCUGCCAACCGUGGCGGAUCUUCCAUCAAAUCAGCAUGCCACCUCUGUCUCUAUCAACGCCAGAUUCAGCCUCAUCGCUCUCGGUCUCGCUGACGGCACUGUCGCCAUCUUUACCUAUCGCGCACCAGGUCGCACGCCCCUCCAUUCGCACACCUUGUCGGUGCGAGAAGCGCUCAAGUCGACGGCCAGCUAUCUCACCACAGGUCCUGUCUGCUCACUCGCAUGGACCAGCGACGGCUAUGGUCUUGCAGUCGGCUGCGAGAAGGGCCUCACCAUCUGGUCCACCUACGGCAAGCUCAUGGGCUGCACUCUUCGCGAGGAUUGGGAGCUGGCCUCCAAGAACUUCUCCGAUGCUUUCAUGUUUGGCACUCGCCAUCUCUUUUGGGGUCCAGGAAACACAGAGCUCUUCCUCCUCGCUCUGCCAAAGCAAGGUGCUGCUCCCUUGCGGCCGGACAAUCAGCUCUUCCUUCUUCCCUUCUGCAAAUCCGCUGUAGCAGGUCAACAUUCUCCAGACAACACUCGCUUUGCCUUCUACCAGACCGACGAUAGCUUGCAUGUCUAUCGAGGCGCCGAUCAGACAGACUUGACUGCCAUCACACCCGAGAGCGACGUAUGGCAACACAUCAAGAUCCCACAACCCUACUUGGCUGCCAACUGGCCUGUGAGAUACGCGGCAAUCAGCGCCGAUGGCAAUCUGAUUGCUGUAGCUGGCCGUCGAGGUCUAGCUCACUACUCUUCCACAUCAGGUCGGUGGAAGCUACACAAGAGCCUCGCUCAAGAACAGUCCUUUCUCGUCAGAGGAGGCAUGCAGUGGUUUCAACACGUACUUAUAGCAGCUUGUGAUGCAGCUGGAGAGUAUCAGCUUCGUCUUUACUCGCGAGACACCGAUCUCGACUCUGCCCACCUCCUCGACCUCAAGGUGCUGCCCAGCCCCGUCAUCCUCACCUCGCUUUUCGACAAUAGCCUUCUGGUCUACACUGCCGACAACACCUUCUACCACUUUCUCAUCGAUCUGUCACAAGACCGCAUUCGUCUUCGUCUUUGUGGCUCGAUCACCUUUGAGGGGGUGGUCGGUGAACCAGCACGUGUACGAGGCAUGAGCUGGAUGAUCCCCGAGAGUCAACAGCUGCUUGGCGACCCCAUCGAUGAUCUGACGGUGGCCACCAUCAUCUUCUUGAUCGAUGGCAAGCUCGUCUUGUUGCGGCCGCGCAAGGUCGGUGGCACCAAUCGACGCAACUCGAUACAGAACCCGCUCCAAGACUUUGACGAUCCGCGGCAUGACCAAGAUGGCUACGAUGACGACGAUGAAGAGGUCGCAUACGAUAUGCAGAUCCUUGCGGACAAGAUCGAGUACUACUGGACGCAUCUGCAAGGUAUUGGCACGCUCGAAAACUCACUUUGGGGAUACGACGGUAGCAGUAUCAAGCUAUGGCUCGAUGCUCUCCGCAUCCCCUCUGCCGAUCCAGACGAGUCACUGCGCUCCAAUGAUGAUGAGGACCAAGAGGAAGAGCAAGACCAGCUGCCAGAGUACAAGACGAUCGAAUCCUCGGUCUCGAUGCCUCUCGACUUUUACCCUCUGUGUGUUCUGCUAGAGAAGGGUAUUGUCCUCGGUAUCGAGUCUGAAGUGUCACUGCGUCGAUCACUAGACUUUGCACUAUGGCGCACUGGCACCAACACGCAUCUUUUCCUGCAUCAGCUUCUUCGCAACUAUCUCGAGAAGGGCUUGCUGGAAGAAGCAGUCUUCUUUGCAGCUUCGUAUCAAGACCUGGUCUACUUUGCACACGCACUCGAGAUCCUACUGCAUGCAGUGUUGGAGGACGAAGCAGACGCUGGCCUCGGAGAAGCACUAUACUCACGCAAACGCUCAGGCAGCGUACUGCAGAAAGAGCGCAGUGCAAGCUCGCUUCUAGCCGACGUCGCCGAAGAAGAAAACGACGAGCACCAAUCUGGACAAGGCGCAAACGGGAGCGGUAUUCACCUUGAUCUCCCACGCAACAAUCAACGACGUCGUUCCUCAUCUUCACGAAGUGGCACCUCCACCCCUCGAGCAAUUCUGCCUCUUGUCGUUGAGUUCCUGGACCACUUCCCCGAAGCCCUCGAUAUUGUUGUCGGUUGUGCACGUAAAACAGAAGUCGCGAGAUGGGCCUAUCUCUUUGACGUUGUUGGUGCUCCCCGUCUACUCUUUCAAAAGUGCAUUCAGGCUGACCGGCUUCGUACAGCAGGAAUGUACCUUCUCGUCCUACACAACUUGGAGCCGCUCGAGGUGUCCAUCGCCCAUACCAUUCAGUUGUUAAAGCUAGCAGGAGCUAAAGGAGACUGGAACACCUGCCACGAUCUCUUACGGUUCCUCAGUAGCAUUGACCCUACAGGUGGAGCACUUCGACUUGCCGUCGAUGAAGCCGGCAUCCUCUCUGACACCACUACAGACCAAGAAGGACAAGAAACCCCACCACGCCUUCUCCGAGCCGACUCAGCACCAGUCACAACCUCCACCACCACCGCUACAAAACUCGACACCAUGACCGAAGAGGAAGAAGAGGAACACGAAGAGGAUCCAACACAGUCUCCUUCUCCCUCACCUCGUCCGAUAUUGGCGAAUAGGUCAAAAUCAGUAACACUGCCACCGUCGCCCUCGAAUUUUCGACAGAGGAACAUUGCAGAUGUUGUUAUCAAUGGGCAGAGCUUGACGCCGAGUUUGGCUGCCAUGGGGAUCGGCUCGGGUGGAGUAGGAGGUGGCGGGGGAGGGGGAAAAAGGUAUGCACAUGGAAUAGGAAUGAGUUUGAGUAGAGUGGGGUUGAGAAGUUCUGAUAGGAUAUGGGACUCGAAUAGGAACGGAGAUGGGACGAAUGCGGAUAGUCCCACCAGUCCGAGCGCUAGUUUUGGUAGUUUGCCCAGAAGCUCACGUGAAGAGACGAAGCGCGAUCCGGAUGACGUUGAUGAGCCGAUAGAGGAAGGCACAGAAGACUAA